UAUGAUUUUUGUCCUAUCUCGAUAGAAGGCAUAGCCAGACGAUGGACUUCUCUCACGCAGCCACCGACUUGUAAGAACUUCCUCAUCUGGGUCGAUGACAACCCUGUUGGGAUUAACCUGGUCAGUCUAGAGCUGGAGCUGCCCAGCUGGUGUGAUGUUGGACCGAUCGCGCGGGGAAAUGGCUUUGCAUAUAAUGUAGUACCUGACUAUGGAAUAAGUGACUUGGGUUUCGUGGAGAUUCGAGUCGAUAAUGAUUUGGAAAUCGUUCCUGUGAAGAUGCUGAUGGAGCGGAAGUUUGGGGUUCAGGCGGAAAAGGCGGCGGGGUUGGUGGAUCAAUUUAGAACCAAUCUCUUGCUAACUAUCAUAUAG